UGCAAACCCAUCAAAUCAGAAGUAGGCAAAAGUCAGUACAAAAGCUCAUCUGCAUUUCUAAGGCGUCCAUCACCAUGGCAUCUAGGUACCAAUAUAUCAUUUUAGAAGUAACCAACAGUCCUCCCUUGCUCCCUCACAAUUUUAGUUUGAGCUGCUCAUGUAUCAGGCACUAAAUCUAGAUGGCUUAAUUGAGGAAUAAAAUUUGAUCUGAUAGUAUCCCUUUAACUGAAAGUGUCAUCUCUAGAGAUGAAAAAAAAUUCCUAGCACCGUCCACAUUGGCAAUGUGCCUGUGAGAGAGCGGCAUGCUGCUUAGCCUUGCUCAGAGCAGGUGUGCUCCAAAAGGCAUGAUCACCUACGUUCUCCUGGGAGCAAUUUGGUGUGUGAAUGCAUGGUGUGUUGCAGGCACGUUAGGGGCACCAAGUCAUUAGGAGCCAGAUGUUUCUAGGGCGGACAAGGCCUCAAAGUGGCUCCCUGAGGCAUAUGACAGUCAGUUAAAAUCAGUACGGCAGAUCCUGUCCUGGGUUGUACAAGUGCUUUGGCAGAAAGGAAUCAUAAGUGUCUCACUCCAGCUGCAUCUGUGCCAGAUUCCUACCGAGGGCUUGAGGGAGCACAAGGAGGGCAAACCGCCACCGCAGCUGCUGGCACGUAAGAGCCAAAAGGAGCCUGCUCUGCAAACCAGGGCGUUUACCCAGGUCCCCAGCCCGUUAGCUCCUGAGGUGAUGAAUGCUGGGAGCGGCAGUAAGGCUCACCUAGCAGUACGCCCUCGCUCCCAGCCUGUCCUGACAUGCUUUGCCUUCCGCAGCCAGGGUGGCUCUAGGCCAUAUGUGUGGCGAAGUUUACUGUACCCGAGCAGCUUCCUCCUUAGUGAGAUUGCGUGAACCUGGUGAGAGUUUCCGUGAGCACGGAUUGCAGGACUGGCCUGAGUCAGAGCAUGUGGACUCUCAUAGGUUGGCCUCUGCUUGCAAACUGCCCAUCUAAUUACCAUGCAAUAAAUCAGUAACAAUAGGGAUAUGAAACAAGAGGUUUGGGCUACCGCUGCCUCUCUAGAGAGCUUGCAGCUCCCAGCUUCUUAAGGCUGUUCCAGUCCACGGCUGUCAGCAAUAAGCUCCGCAAUUCCUUCUUCCUCACACUCCUUCCUCCGGGAGUAAUCGGGUGCGCGAUGGACAAGGACCAAGGGAAAACAAGAGGGAUCAAAGGCUAUUUUAGAAAGCGCCAUGUUUAUGUCAUGGGUUGCACCACGCUGCUGUUCAGCACUGUCUAUGUUUGGUAUACGUCCAAUGGUACCGAAAGCAAGGUCGCCUACAUAACGAGAUUGAUGUACACAAAGCCACAGAUUCUAAAGCCAUCGAGAAGUGACGUCCUUACGAUGACUCCAUGGUUUGCUCCAAUAGUUUGGGAAGGGACCUAUAACUCCGAGAUCCUGAAUGAGCAGUUCCAACGAAGGAAUGUCACUGUUGGACUGACAAUGUUUGCUAUCAAAAAGUAUGUAGUCUUCCUCAAGAAGUUUUUAGAAACUGCAGAGAUGUAUUUUAUGGUUGGACAUAGGGUGAACUAUUACAUUUUCACAGACAGACCAGAAGAAGUUCCUAAAGUUGCGCUCAAAGAAGGAAGGAAUGUAGUGGUUCUGCAAGUCCAAAACUACCCUAGGUGGCAAGAAAUCUCUAUGCGACGAAUGGAAUUGAUCAGCAACUUCUCUCAGCAGCGGUUCAUUAAUGAGGUCAGCUACCUAGUGUGUGUGGAUGUAGACAUGAGGUUUAAUGACCAAGUUGGAGUGGAGAUCCUGAGCAACUUGUUUGGCACACUACACCCAGGUUUCUAUGCUGCAGAGCGUCAGUCUUUCACCUACGAACGUCGACCUGCUUCUCAAGCUUAUGUGCCCAGCGAUGAGGGUGACUUCUACUAUGCUGGAGGCUUUUUUGGAGGAACAGUAAUGGAGGUUUACAUGCUGACCAAGAAAUGCCAUGAAGCCAUGAUGGUGGACAAAGCCAAUGGAAUUGAGGCAAUCUGGCACGAUGAGAGUCACUUAAACAAGUAUUUUGUUUACUACAAACCAACCAAAAUACUUUCUCCGGAAUACCUGUGGGAUGACAAUAUGGGUAGGCCAGAGAUCCUUAAGAAAAGAAGGUUUCUUGCUCUACCAAAGAACCAUGCUGCAAUCAGAAAUAAAUGAAUAAAUGGUAUCUGUGCAAUGGGGUUUGCAGGUUGUAACUGAGAGGGGAAUUUUUGUCCUUAAAGUCACUUGUAGAAGGGAAUUGAAGUGGCUUGAACAGAAAUGUUGGAAGAUUUUCUCCCUCACAACAAGGUCUAUUCAAUGUAUUUCCCUGUAGUGGGUGUUCUAAUUGAAAAUGGGAAGAUCAGGUAAGG